AUGACCCGGCUUGCCAAUCAGUUACAAAACAGAUCUAACCGUACGAGUCCUGUCACUAGUCUGGCCAAUUUUGCAUUCCACAGUGGGAGUUGGAAGGCAAAGGGAGGGAAAUCCCCUAGAAGCAAAUCCUUCAAGAUGAGUAAGAAGUCAAAAGGUGUGUUCAUGAAGGAGGUGGUUCUUCUGGCAGGGCCUAAUUCAAGCCUACCAAAACAAAGCAGAAAAGAAAAACUCCACCAAAAUGGCCAUGUUAUGGCAGCUAUGAUAUUUGAAAAAGACUGGGAAGAGGAGGAAGUGAUGGCAUCAUUCUACUCAGCCUUCAGUUUCCUUCCACAAACAGUAAAACUUGAAAUCAUGUUACCUUGCGGUAAUUCCUUGGUUAAGCCCCAUAUUAGUGGAGGGAAUAUGGAUGGCCAGAUUAUACACCAGAUUUUCUGUAGGAAGACUAUUUAUUUACAACCGUCGAAGCAACUUCUUGAGGAAGAUGAUACAUGUACUGUAGAAAAAGAGACAUUGGAUCUUCCAGAUUUGCAUCCACCAAAAAAACGUCAAGAUACAUGUUCAAAGGAACAAAAGACAAUGGAUCUUCCAGAUUUGCAUCCUCCAAAAAAACGUCAAGAUACAUGUUCAAAGGAACAAAAGACAAUGGAUCUUCCAGAUUUGCAUCCUCCAAAAAAACAUCUCAAGUAA